UUCGAGUGUUCGUUUCGUCAGUACUGCAUAGAGUUGUUCAGAACCGCCAAUCAGUUACCGAAAUGUUGAUAAAAGUGAACUUGCUUUUGUGCGGAAUAUUUGCCACUGUUGGCUCCUGCUUUGGGCAAUAUGCAAAUAACACAACCUCUGAGAAUAGGGCUCUCGCUCAUAUUGCUAGGAAGCUUGUACAUGCAGCCAACUGGACCGUGCUCGGAACGAUUGCUCCAAUUCCUGAGAUAAAAGGAUUCCCAAUGGUUAAUCUGGUUCCAAUGUCGGAUGGACCACCAAAUGGACGAUCAUCGGGAUAUAUUUAUUUUCAUCUCUCCAAAUCCAAUAUAGUUGUGGAAAGUAUUCAGGCACGAAAUAAUGUUACUGCACUUAUAACCCCUAACGAUGAUUUAGGUUGCGUGAAGCCUGGUCGGACACAGACAUGUUAUAAUGCUAUGAUUAGUGGUUGCACUAUUUUGCUGAGGCCACGCACAAACGAAUUUGCUUUGGGUUUGAGGGCGUAUUUGAGCCGACAUCCGAAAAUGGCGAUUUCACUUCUAGAGGACGAUUUCCUUUUAUACAAAUUAGUUGUGGAGAAAGUGUUUGUUGUCGAUUCUUACGGGACGCCAAACUUAGUACCCUUACAGGAUUAUUACACAAACAAUUAAAUGAAAAUACACAAUACUCAAUA